UUAAUAUGAAAACAUUGAUAUAUUGGACCGGUUUCCAAGAUAGAUAUCUUUGUUUAAGCCCUCAAAUUUGAGUUAAGCAUCAAACACGUUCUGCCAGUGGUUUAGAUUGCACCAAAAAACAACUACCAUCCAGAUUAACACCAGAAAUCCGCAAGUUUGGAAUGGUAUUCUGGUAAAAUUGACUAAAUUCUUCUUUGAUGGCCUGGAACGAGAGCUUUAUUACCCGCAAAGGGCGCUAAGUUUUGAGACCACCUGAAAUAUGACUCAGGCAGUGUCGGGCAAUUGGCAAUAUGGCGUCCUCAAUGCCAAUAGCGGUUGAGCAGUUACUAGAAAGUAGAGUACAAGAAAUCUCACGAGAUGGGCAAGAAACAUAUGUGCCGCAGUUAUCCAUGACAGAGAAGCUAGCUCAGCUUGCUCACAAGAUUGACUUUGGCAAGACCCAAGAUGAAGAUGAAGAGUUAACUCAAGAUGAAUCUGAUAAACCAUUGUUUCAACCAUCACUUUGGCCUUGGGAUUCUGUCAGGAAUAAACUGAGAAACACCCUGACAAACCUCAGUGUGUUGCUGGAUGUAUUGAGCGUCGCUCGGGACAAGAAAUAUAUCUCACUUGAUGCUGUCUCACAGGGUGAAGCUCCACCAAAACCUGCGGUACGCCUGCUUAGCAAAAGAAAGAAUUUUGCUGAUGCAAGCAAGAUUCUCCUGCUAGGUAUGAAAGACAUGGCCGCUGGUUUAAACGAACAGCGAAACAAACAGCAAAACGAACAACAAAACGAGCAGCAAAACAAACAGCAAAGCAACUCGAACCAGCGGGACUUUCAUAUGGAGUUGAUGAAAUUGCGACAAAAGUGGAGAUUGAAGAGAUCUGGGAACUUGAUCCUUGGCGAUCUGUCUUACAAGUCAGCUGGAUCAAAGUUUUGGCAUGCUGGCGCAUUUGAGGUUAAGAAGGAGACAAAUACGGAAGAGGGGACGAACAAUCUCGAUGUGAAUAUUUCUAGUGAUUUACUUGGUGUAAGCGAAGUGCAAGUGCGCAUUGUGUACAGAGACUCCCCCAGCACUUCGGGAAACCACAUCAACUCCCCCUCGUACACCGAAGGAGUCGCACCUUGGCACAAAGAAUUAUGCAUCGCCCAGAACAACUUGUUUUGCAAGGAACUCUAUGCCCAGCUGGCUCACGAAUCUUACCACAGCAAGGGACUAUUCGCACGUGUAGUGAACAAUGUUAUUGAAACAGAGAUAUUUCCAAAGACAACGAUGUCCAUCACGCAUGUACACAGAACUGAUGAUUUUGAGGAGGGUGAAAUGGCUGUCGAUAAACCCAGAGGCAGUCUGGAAGUCCUCGACGUUGCGCUUCACAUUCUGCUGAGGCAACAACAUCGCUCCAGUUGCGGUCACGAGACCCCACGGCCUGUGACGUCAGGGUUUGCGAUGAGAGACAACAGAAAAUACCGUGUCGCGGGACCGUCUUGUAUGGUCUUAAAUGAAGUAACUCAAUACAAUAUUAGCCAAAGAUUACUGGAUAAAUUGAUUAAAAUCGCCAAACAUCAUAUUCUUACCACAAGAAUCGCCAGCGCUAUUCAAGAACUUUCAGACGAGAUACAUGAUCCACUGAUCUCGUGUCACUGGAGUAGUCUCUCAACAGAGAGCUCGUCGUUCGCUUCAAUAUACAUCGGACUCGAGAACAGAGUUGAAAGAACGUGUUUGGCUGUGAAGGUUGAUGUUGAAACAGUUCAUAUUACUCAACAUGAUGGCGUUGGUGUCACAUUCUCUGCCGAUGUCCACGAACUGAAGCUCAUGUUGAGAAAUCAGGUGCAACUAUUUAUGCUUGAGGUGGUGAAGAAGGCAGCACUGCGUCUUGGUUGGAAUGUAAGAUUCAAUACAUUUCUCGGAACACGAAGCACCACAGCACGUGAGGAACAUCUCGUGGGAUUGCUACUUACUUGUCCGGAAAAAGAAAGGGAAGUCCUCAUCGAGAUUUCACCUCCAUCGAAGGUAAAAAUCAAGGUAAAAUCGCCCCAAUACGGUGGAGCUUAUCCUCGAAUCCUGGAAAACGAGCCCAAGUGGUCAUCGAUUUCACGAAAUUACAAUACUCUAAACUAUGAAAACACGCCAGGAAGGACGUUUUUGGAAAAAUUGACGAUAAUAUUGCAGGCAAGUUAAGAUCAGGAGGUAGGUGUGGUUAGUUGUGGAUAUAACGAUGGAUGUAUAGUGUUUCGCGGGUGCAAUAAUUUGUACUGCUCGAAAUUGAAACUGCAUGCGAAUUAAAGGUCAUUCAUGACUUAUGCCGGUACAUUAUUAGCCGAAAGACAUAAUGAUAUAAUGUUAAUAUUUUAAUUAUCCUAGACCUGUAGGUCGCAUUUAUUGACAGCUUAGAAAAUAAGCUUGUAGUUGUCACAAGAUUAGUUUCCUGAUAACGGUAAAAAUAAUAUUAC